CACUGCAGGCCAACCAAAGUAUAAGACCGACCGCAGUCCGCACUCAUUUUUCAUACAAAUUCGUUCUUUUCUUGUGUAAUAAACGGAUGCGGUGUCAACUCGUAAAAAUGCAAUACCACCACAAAUCGCAUAAACUUUGAUAUCGCCCAAAUAAUCGGAUGUGGUACGGAAUCGAACAGUAGCGUCUAACGCUGCCGACUCGUUGGUCAAAUUCUAGAGUUCCUCCGUCGGCCUUUUGAGAGAAUCCCGCGCAAUCCUCUUUUUGAGAAUGAUUUCAAGGCGCCAGUGCAGCUUUUGAAUAGCAGAGCGCAAGACCCGGAACAAAGGGACUCCCAGGAUAACGGAAGCCAGGACACCUGAACACCAGCAAACCCCCGGGAACCGCAGGACUGCGAUUUCCCCAGGCAUAACCUUAAAAAGGCACGUGCAGCACGCGUAGAAGAGUUUUCCGCGUGCCAAUCGGCUCCUCUCAACGAAAACAAAAAAGUGAAAAAUUCCCGAAGACGAAGGCAUCAUGGCCACCCUCCUCAGCAACGGACAGCAGUCGGUUUUGGCCAGCAGUAAUGGUCAGGAGCAGCAGAAGGACGAACCAGAGCAGCAGCAGCAGCAGGUCGAGAUCAGGAAGUCCACCUCACCGAAACCAGGCGCCAUGCCCAGCUUGAAGCUCAACAGGAUGGGCUCGGUGUCGCCGAAAGAUAAACGAGUCUACAAAAUUGUCCUAACUGGCGGGCCCUGCGGCGGCAAGACGACGGGACAGUCCCGAUUGUGCACCUUCUUCGAGAACCUUGGAUGGAAGGUAUUCCGCGUGCCUGAAACGGCCACUGUUUUACUCAGUGGCGGCGUGAAGUUCUCCGAUCUGACCGAGAAAGAGGCCUACAAGUUCCAGGAGAAUUUGAUCCGCACCAUGGUGCAAAUUGAGAACACCUACUUCGAGCUCGGCAACUCGAGCACCCGCAACUGUCUGAUAAUCUGCGACCGCGGCGUUAUGGAUGCCAGUGCCUACAUAUCGAAGGAUAAGUGGGAGAAGAUGAUGGCGGGCAACAAGUGGAAUCCCGUGGAGAUGCGCGACAAUCGCUACAACCAAAUCCUUCACUUGGUCUCAGCAGCCAAUGGUGCCGAGGACUUUUACUCCACAGAGGACCACGCCUGCCGCUCAGAGGGCGUUGAUCUGGCUAGGGAGCUGGACUACAAAUCGGCGGCCGCCUGGGUGGGACAUCCCUAUUUCGAUGUGAUCGACAACUCCACCAACUUCGAGGCCAAGAUGAACCGCAUGAUUGAGUCUGUAUGCCAGAAAGUGGGAAUCGAUAUUGGCGAUCGUUUGCAGGCCACCUCACGCAAGCUGAAAUAUUUGGUUGCCCUCCUGCCGCCCGACAGCGAGUUUCCGCCCUUCCAGGACUUUGAAGUGGUGCACCAUUAUCUGCAAUCCGCCGGUCCCAAGGUGCAGGCUCGCCUUCGCAAGCGCGGCCAGAAGAACCACUGGAGCUACAUCCACACGCAGCGACGACCCAACGUCCACGGGCAGGCCCGCAUCGAGGUGAAGACUCAGCUGACGCAUCGCGACUACAUGAACCUGCUGGCCCAGCGCGACGAUGCCCACUUCACCAUCUACAAGAAGCGCCGUUGCUUCCUGAUUAACAACCAAUAUUUCCAGCUGGACAUUUACAAGGAGCCAGGCCACCCACGCUGCAAGGGAUUGGUGUUGUUGGAGACGUAUUCAUCGCUUACCGGCGAUGCCCUGAAGAACUGCAUGCCCAAGUUCCUGAAUAUUGUGAAGGAGGUUACCGGCGAUCCGGACUACUCCAUGUUCAAUCUGUCCCUCAAGGAGGACUGGAGCACCACCAAGAAGUUCUGCCGAUCGGCGACGCACGGUAAGCAGGACGAGCAGCCGCCAGUGCCGCCGAAGCAGUAUCAUCCCUACGACGAGAACAGCGACUAGGUCACGCGGCCGGGAGUCAACAUUAUGCAUAGCCAAAGAAUGUAGAACCAAAAGCUUGAACUUUCACUGCUGUACAUACCAUAAGCCUCUGCCUUUCGUAGCUCCUAUGCAUGCCACUCCUCCUGUUUCAACUUCUUUCCUAUUCAAAAUUUCGAAAUUUAUGGCACUCAUUUUGGAUCCUCUAGUUUUUAAUUUUCGCCUGACUGUUGUUUCUCUUUUGAUUUUGUAGUCAAGGGCGCCGCUAACGGAGUCUCGAGCACGCCGUUGCUCCUCAACGGUCAAUAGGCUUCUGAACUGUCCCUGAAUCUCUUUUGCACACGCAUAUUACACGGCAAAAGCAAGUUAUAAGAAACACCAAUGACCUGGCAACAAAAUGUACAAAAAAAAAAGAACUUAAAAACUGCAGGGAGGUCCCUCCAAUCUGUCUUUGGUUGGGCCUACUCCCAGUGCUCUGAUUUAUACCCCGGCCAAUUCCCAAACAAAAACACACUUACACCCACACACCCUGUUACUUAUUUGCGUACUUAGCCCCAGGAGGAUGAAGGAACCGUGAACGAGAGGCGUUUGUGUCGAGUCUAUAGUUUGUAGUGCAACCGCAACCGAAACCGGAGGUCAAGAGCCCCACCCGUACUUAAUUUUCUUGUCAUGUUUGCUCGUGUUAAUUUUGUAAGCCAUACCACUAGAAACAAUGUAAAUCCAUAGAUCCGCGAUAUCAUGUGACGUUUUUGUGUCUUUUGGAGAAAUUGUGAACCGAUACUUUUAACUCUAACUCUAAGCUUAAAGAAAAUAAGAUAACGACUACAAGACCACCAAAAACAUCGUUGAACUUUCUUAUUACGUGAGUUUAUUAAGGCCUAAAUAAAUAGUUGUGUUUGGGCUGAGA